AAGGCCUUCCGUACUCUUUCUCUCCUGCAAAGCGUAUUGUCUCUUCGUUUUAAGAGAGGGAACACGGUUCUAUUCUUGACAAUCGUUUUUUCUUUCCUUCGCAGGGCCCUCCGCACUUUCUUACCAUCACCAUGAAGUUGCCUCUUUUUCUGAUUCUCACUGUCUGUGUGUCGAAAGCAGUCGCUUUCGGUCUCUAUGGCUGCUACGAGCGACUCCUGUACUGGCAGGCUUACCAGAUGGACAGCGGAUCCAAGAAGAAACGGAUCGCGCCGGCCUGCUCCCGAGAUGCAAAGACCGCUCAGGUCGUCGGGCCCGUCACUGGAGGGCGCUGCAACCUCCGUCAAUUCCUUUAUUACAUCACGGAAAACGAGGUGGAAAAGGGAAUCAUCGCAGACAAGAACAAACUCAAGGACGCGGACCUGGAGAAAGAAAAAUCCGCUCUGGAUGAGGUGGCUUCAGCGAUGUACAAGGCUAAGGUUGGGAGGACUUACAACCCGGGGCGGAUCUAUCAGGGUCUGGAGGCGAAUUCAGGCAUUCAUGAACUUAUUGGGAACAUUGCCGCGUUCAUUGAGCAGAAAGGCUGGUUAGAAGAGGAAAACGGAAAGCCGAGCCAAACAUUAUUUGAUCAGGCCGAAAAGGCCCGCAGCAGAGUUGAAUUCGGGCGAAAGGCCAGCGGCGCCCGGGAUGUAGGAGCCGAGAUUCGGAAACGCUACGAUCGAGAGGUUUGGGACAAGCAGCCAAAGAAUAAGAACGGCGAGAUCGACAAGGAAGCCCCGCUGGUCGACGAGGGGCUGGUCAAGGAGAAAUUGGCGAUUCCUGAGGGAGGGGUUGAGGGAUGGCCUACUUGCGACCUGGAAGUUGCCAAAAACUCGGUCAAUGCCGCAGAGGCCGCCGCGGGCAGGGGACCAAUGAAGUUGAAUAAGGAUUUCAUCGGCCCUUGGAGAGAUAGGGAGACAGCGCACGUGUUGAACAUUGACGCAGCGAAAGACGCAAAGCUCAAAAUCAACAGUUGUUCGGCAUGAAGGGAAGGAGAGUCCUGUACUGUAGGGGUUCUGAGGCGGCCAUUCCCCUGUCAUGCUCUGCCAUUAUUACUUGCAGCAUAACACGCAUUACAUUCCAAAUGACCCGG